AUGGUGGUCCCAUAUAUCGACACGCCGCGUACCGAAAUCGACGGGAACGCGACUUAUCUCACCAACGGGUUUCGCAGCGCGGGCCGAACACAUCUUUCCGCGCUCGAUUCAUUGGAGAACUCGUUCGCAACACCAUCGAAGGACCACGACGUGAUCAGAGGAUUUGGAGAUGGACGGAAACGCGUGUCAGACGUGUCCAACUCGGGCACACCGCGCGCAAAUGGGGGGACGAAGUCCUCGAGAAGCGCGUUAAGGCAACUUCCAUCUGCUGGACCUGCUCGUGGGGAGUUCACUCCCUUGAUGCGAAGCGCGACAAAGAACAAUUUCUUGAAGAAUACGAAUUCGAACCGAGGCGUUGACGACCCGAGAACACCAUCACAUUUGCGCGAGACGAGCCGCCGCAGCGCUGCGUACACCCCAAGACUACCCGCCAACGACAUGUCCGAUAUCUACGAAGAAGAGGCGACAGUCGACGAGCCUACCCCUCUCCCGCGUGUUGCCAGCAGCAGCGCUCAAUCUACACCGAUGCCAUCCCUUCUUGGACGCGACGGGAGGGGCGUUUUGGGGGAUGGGCAGAACAUGACCCUGAAGGAGCAGGAGAGGAUAAUCGACCGGCUUGAUAAGGACAACUGGAAUUUGAAAUUGAAGAUCCACUACCUGGAGGAGCAGCUCGAGAAGGCAGGGCCUGAAUACAAUAGCGCGGCACUCAAGGAAAACACUGAACUCAAAGUACUUCGUCUGACAAUGCAGCGCGAUAUCCGCCGAUACAAGCAAAGCUUGCAGAAAGCCGAACGUGACUUGGAGGAUUACCAUCAGCAACUCACGGAGAUGAGGGACAAGGCGCGACGCAGAGUGACCGACGAGGAAGUGCAGCGCGAAAUGGAACUUCUGCGAGAGGAAAUUGAAUCGAGAGACAAUGAGCUUCGCGAUCUCAAAGAGGAAGUGCGAAUUGCUAAAGAAAGCCGCUCAGAAGAGAUCGAAAAAUUGCAGGAUGAAAUUGAGGACCUUGAAGCAGCUGGACGUGAAAAGGAUCGCGCCAUUGAAGAACGUGACGAAGAACUGCAAGAGUUGCGUGAAAAGGGCCAGGAGACGAAUGCCGGGGAAGAGGUACAGUAUGAGCUCGACCGUGCCAAAGAACAGAUUAGAGAGCUUCAAACUCGUCUUGAGGAUGCCAUCUCCGAGGGGCAAGAGUCAAGCAAUGCGAUAAAAAAGGCUCUAGACUCGAAAACUCGCGCCGAAGAGGAGCUUCAACAACUUCGAGAAGAAAUCAUGGACAAAUCAUUUACUACGAAAGGAGUCAAUCGACAACGCGAAGACCAGGCUCGAAGGCUCGAAGAGGAAAUCGACCAACUACGGAAAAUCAACGAGCGUCUUGAGAAAGAACUUGAGAACAAAACAGACACAAUCGCCCAUCUCGAGAGACGUUACCAAUCCGCUCAGCAUGACAUACAGAGUGACGCGGAGAGGCUGGGUGACAACUUGAAUUCCGUCAAACAUGAGCGGGAUGUGCUUUAUGAUAAGCUCCAGAAGGCAUUAGUGGAGCUCAAGGAGACUACCGAACUUCUCCAGCGCCGGACCGAGGAAAAGGAGCUCCUCCACAAUCGUCACCAGGCCCUAACUGACGAGUCUGGUGGCUUGCAGAAUGAUUUGACACGGGCACAAUCGCGGAUCCGCGAGCUGCAAACGGCUGUUGAGGAAGCUACGACAAGAGCUCAAGAUAGCCAGAGCCUGCAGUGGCAACAUAAACUCGAGCUGGACCGACUCCAGGACGAAAUUGAGUCACUUCAGCAUGAGAUCGAGGACAAAGAAGGUCACUUUGCGUUGGAGAAAGACAGGUGGGAGAGUGGAAGACGCGCUCUGGAGGCUCAAAAAGAGCGUGCUGAGGAGCAAGCGAGUGGUUUCAAGCGAACCAUUGAGAACCUUCAGCAAGCGGAGCACUCACUGUCCGGGAAAGAGUCCAGAUUGCAGAGCGCCAUCGACAGUGAGAACCAGCGUCAUCAGCAGGAAGAAGCUGUUCUUAACCGCCAAAUUCAAAAUCUUAGUGAUGAGCUCUCUCAGAAACGACAAAUUCUGGACGAACAGCGCAGUGAUCUGCUCUCCGUGAGAGAGGAACUGCGUAUCUCGCGAAGGGAGGAGCAAUUACUCAAAGACAAAGUGCAGGCGCUCGAGGAUGAGAUUGUCGUCUUGCAGUCCAGUCUCGCCGAUGAGCAGGAGUAUGCAAAGGAUCGCGUACAAAGGAGCACAUCUGAACUUGAAGGACAGCUACAGAGGGCGAUCGCUGAUCGGCAAACUCUUCGUGAUCAACUUGCCAACGCACAUGUCGAGCUCCAUGAUAUGCGAACUUCUAUCAGAGAGAUUGAGUCUGAGCGCGAUGCUGCCCAAGCUCAACUUCUUCAAUCCGGAAACGGAGACAGCUCUGCGCGGUUUGAUUCAGAAAAACUCGAACUUCGACGGACUGUGACUCGCCUUGAAAGCGAAACAAAGCGUUUGCAGGAUGAUCGAAACGCUUUGUUGGAAGCGAAGGAUAUACUGGAAAAGCAACUAGGCACAGAAAUUGAGCGAGCCACCGCCGAGGAGGGUCGUCUUUCUGCAGAAAUUGAUCGUUUACAGGACAGGCUUCUAGCGGGCUCGGGCAAUCGAGACCGCGAACUGGCCUCGGCAAAAGCAAAAGUGCAGCGUUUCGAACGACGUGUUCAGGAGCUCGAGAAGUUGCUUCAGCAAGAGCGGCCCAACGUAGACCAUGAGACUUCUGGCACCCACGGAGAAUUGUCGUUCGUGCGCCAGAGCCUUGAAGAGGCUCGCAAGCGCGAAAAGAUUCUUCUCCAGCGGGAAACGGAGCAGAAGAACAUUGCACGGUCUCUCAAGUCACGCGUUGGAGACCUCGAGCGGGACCUUCACGAGGCAUUGAUGAACAAAUACGAUCCACAUUCCCCACGAGACUCACCAUCCAACAAACUUUACGAUGAGUUGCGAAACCUUCGGAAGCAAUUGUCGGAGGCCCAUCGUUCAUUGAAGGAGACGAAGGCCAAAAAUCGUGACCUGGAACGUGCUGCCAUGAGAGAGGAAGACCAACGAGAUCUCCAUGAACUUCUCAAGUCGUCGACAAUCGAGGCAGAGGCGUUGGCUCUGAAACUUUCUGAGCGAGACUCGCGUUUGAACGAGCUCAAGAGUCAAAUACAGCGUAUCCGAGAAGAGCGCACUUUGUGUGCCCGCAAGGCCGAGAUGGCUGGGAAGGAACUCGACGCUCUUCAACGACGUUACGACGAGGCCCUGAAGAGAAUGGCCAAUCUCAAAGGUUCCAGCAAGGGCCAGCACGAGAAAGAAAUGCGAGGUCUCGGCAAGGAAAUUAUGUGGCUUCGUGCUCGCCUGCGACGAGAAGAGAAAUUCCGUCGUGAUUUGGCCUGGAGCAAGGGUCUGAUGGAGCUGGGUGAACGGGUCCGCAUCGCUUGCAAUGAGGCCGACCUUCGCAUGAUCUCUGAAAUGGGCGUCCAAGCCCGUGACCGAAACACUGCUAGAACACCUCGCCUCAAGCUCAAGACUGCCGUUUCACUCGUCCUGGCAACCGUCCGUAUGAAGCGGAUGAGUCAAGCCUGGGGCCAGACCAAGAAGAUUGGCGAAGGCUUAAAACGAGCCAAGAGCGAAUUACUCAAGCGUCGUGAAACAUCCAGCAAGAGCCUGUACGGGUCGUAA